UACCGACUUUAAUACUGAUUUCAGCGACCUCUACUCAUAAACAUUACAACUAUCAUAUUCAAAAAUCUCUAUUUAGUGGUUUGAAUUUUCGUAGUGUAUUAAAUACGUUUUUAUACAAUAAAAUUUAAUUUUUAGUGUUAAAUAAUGGCUGCACAACGAGCAUUGCCACAAAGUAAAGAAGCUUUAUUGAAAUCUUACACUACGAGAUUAAAGGAAGAUGUGAAGUCUAUGCUUGAAAAUUUUGAAGAAAUUAUAAAGUUAGCCAAAGGAGAAAGUGAUUCCCAAUUAUCUCGUAUGACACAAUGUGAACAAGAUACUUAUGAAAUGCAUGUCAGAGCAGCGAAUAUUGUUCGUGCUGGAGAAUCUUUAAUGAAACUUGUAUCUGAUAUAAAACAGUAUUUGAUACUCAACGAUUUUCCAUCAGUAAAUGAAGCUAUAGCACAAAAUAGUAAAUUAUUUAGGACAAAACAAGCUGAAUGUGAUCAAAAAUUAGCAUCUUUAAGAGAUGAUAUGGCUGCAGAUUUAUAUGAUUUGGAAGAAGAAUAUUACACAUCAAUAUAUAAAUAACACAAGUUUUAGAUAUUUAUAAGGAUGUGCAAUUGUAUUCUUGGAUGAAUUGACUGAAAUAUUAUUUAUUUGUUCAAUAAACUGUAUAUAUUUAUUUAAAUAAAUAAGAAUAGUUUUGAUAGUA